AUGGCUGAUAAGGAUGGCGGAAAGGAAAAGAAUCCGCAUAUUCCCAAGUAUAUAGUUUCAAAGCCUUGGUAUCGAGAUGACCAAAAGCAUAAAAAUAGUGAUAAUGAUGACGACGGUGACUAUCUAGCCCAUCAAAGACGAGAAGAUGGAGUAAUUGAAGAUCACAGUUUACCCACGGCGGGGAAGGGUAUACAAGAUACAUUUGUGGAGGGUACAAAUGUUCGUGAGCCCGGAAUCACAUCCGAAUCUUUAACAUAUGAUACCAAAAGAGAUCGAUGGUAUGGAUACGAUAACGAAGAAUGGAUCAACAUGGUGAAGAAAUGGGAUACCUUAAAGAAUGGGAAUAAAAGCAACAAAACACAAUCAGAUGUUGAUGGCGAUGAGGACGACACUGAUUACGAAUUGGAAUUGAUUGAAUUAGGGUUACAACCCAAAGACAUUAAGUCUAAUGUCAAGGAAGAUCCUCUGGAGAAAAUAUUGCGAGACCGUGAAGAUAUCUCAUCGUAUAUCUUAAACAUCACCGCAAAGGAAAAGCUUGAAUAUGAUCCCAAAUCCAGAUUAACCAAGGACUUAACCAAAGGGUUCCUUAAUGAUAGUAACCAAUUUGUUAAGAAAUUAAGUGGAGAAUCGGUGAAAUUGCAAGACUUGCAACGAUUCGCUUGGGAGAAGGACUCGCAAGACAGGAAGACCAAAGAAGCCAAUAUAUCUGAGAGUCAGAUUGUAGAUGAAGAACGUAAACGGAAGUUAAUGGAAACAGAUCUCAAUUUGAAUCUAGAAUCAAAUCCGACUUUAAUGGAACUCAAAUUAAAACAACAGGAAUACUCAAUAAAACAAAGAGAUUAUCAAAAAAGACAGAAACUAAAAGAUAAAUAUGGACCAACAAAGGAUCACUAA